AUGUCUCUGGAAAAAGUUGCAGCGGUAAACGCUGUUCCAGCAGAGACUGCAGAACCUGCAGAGACAGACUGGUGCAUUCACUACACCAGAAUAUCACUGCAUGACCGGGACGGGGCUGAGUGGGUUCAAUCCUUCAAGGUGAACUGCAUUCGCGACGGCGUCACUUCCGUGUUGUCAACGACGUGA